UUAAUUCACAUUUUUGUAGUUCGCUACAGAAGUCUUUGUUGGCAAACAUUGCUGCCAUCUUACCAAACUAACAAAUCACCUUCCUAUGUGUGUGGUGUUUCACAAUACCAGUAAACUAGUGUUAGAACUUCUUCACUUCAAGUGAGAUAAAAACCUUUUUCAGUCCAUUUUAUGUAAAUGUGUAAAGCGAGAUAAUCCCACACUGAUACUGUGUCACUUAAUCAGUGACACCUCACAGUCUAUCACUAAACUGUUAUCCAAGGUAACAUUACAGUACUCAGAUAAGUUGCCAUGACAUCACCCUCAACAGUACUGUACAUUUUAACUCAUCUGAACUCACUUGCCACUUUAUUUCAUGCAGUAAUAUAGUGAAAUACCACACCCCUCUCAUUUUCAUCAAUCUUCAGUUUUUGUAGAAACUGUGAGAGGUGUUGAUUCAAUAUUGUUUGACCUGCAAGCUAAUUGCUUUAGUUUUGGUUUUUACUCAAAACAAAGUGAGUUUGACUCGGAUUUGAACUCAGAAAUCAUGAGCCCAUACUUGCUUUUUAUAAAUUUACUGCAGCAGAUGAAGACUGGAUAAAUAAUGGAUUUGUUGUACAUUUUUAACCUUUUAGAAAAAAAACACACUAUAAAUAGAACUUUUGGCUUCCUCUUUCUCACAGGGUGUAGCCUCGAUCUUACGUGGGCAAAUUACUAUUAGGUUUUGGCUAUUACUGCUAUGACUGUCCCCAAAUUCAAAGCAAACAGCAAUUUUGGCACUUGGCUGAAAAUAGGACAUGGAAUUGAAUUAUUCAUUCAAGAAUUCCUAUGAAAAAACAGUGUUUUUCUUACACUGCACAAUGUGUUAAAACGCCUCUCUUUUCUGUCUGUGCUCAUGGUUGUCACGGUUGGUUUUACACACGUGUUAAGUAGGCUCAUGUUGGUGCAGUUUGGUGUAAUCUAAUAUUUGAAAGUGUGUAACGUGAACCAUUUGUGGUCUGGUUGGCCAGUGCAGUCAGUCAGUACUGAUUCUUUUGUCGCCCAGUCAAAGCAAAUUGUACAUUGGAUCUUUCCAGAUGUAAACCGUAAUUAUGUAGUUAGAGUAGGUAGGACCAUGAUACUCACAUGCUUUGUCUUGUCAUUUUUAAUUGGUACAUGCAUGGAGUUUUUAAGGUCAAGGACUUUCUUUGUUGAUAAUUGCUUUGUGUGUUUAGUUACUGCUACUGUUAACUCAGCAUAUAAGUGGUACUUUUCUUUUUAAAACUCCUAAAAUCAUCUCUGAAAGUAAACUAUUUAUAUAUUUUCCAUGGCUCUUGUCAAAUCUGUGAACACAGAGCAGAUCGUGGGCUGGCUCAGGGGGAGGAUGAACCCAACAGCCUUCAGCUCAGUGGGCCUGCAUGUUUUCUUUGAUAAUGUUUACAAAGGGUUUAGCAGAUGGGGCACCAGGGAUGGAAGAGCCUCAUACAUUAUGUGUAUCUUAGGCCUUCACUCAGGAGCUAAACCAGGCAUGAGGAUGCUGGAAGCCAUACCACACAGAACCUCCUGAUGACAAAAACAUGGUUGAAUUUGGACUACAGUCUCAUGAGUGUACCCGCUCUAUCUGUAUUAAGUGCACAAAUGGCACUGAUGCCUAAAAUUUGCACCUGGGCUAAUUUUAGUGAGCUGGAGUGAUAUUUAAUGUGAACGAAUCCUUGCAGAGGUAAUACCCUCUACAGAACUUUCAGCUGUUUAGUUUUGCUUUCACGUGUCCAGGACGUCAAAAAGUUUCAGGGUAAUGACCAACAAAAAAAUCAAUAAGUCCAUUGUGCUGAAUAUCCCAUUGGUUGACUCCUGCAGCCAACGAAUGUCACAAUCUCCCUCCUGUUUUGAUUAGUCAUGCAUAAUAACAAGCACACGCAGCAACGAUUGUAUCGUACAUGUGACUGUGUGUGCCAGAACAUCACGCCGCAGAGUUUUUUUUUCCCUGAGCUUGCCCUCCUUAUCAGGGAAAAAACAUUGCCUAGCCCUUCACAGAAAUUAGCCAUCCCUUAUCAGUCAUACACCGCCACCUUGAAGGGGCCAUCCCAUUGGCUGAACCUGUAGUGUUCUGUCAGCUGACUGGAUGAGCAGAAAUGCACAUCCUGCAAAGAAUAACCAAGAAGAACACUGACAAAGUUUAUGACGGUGUUGCAUAAUUACCACUGGCGUCAUAUCACGGUGUACUGCUGUUUACCUCUGGGGAGGUUAUUCCAAGGUGAUAAGGUGGGGAGUAUUUUAGAUUGGAUCCAGGAUGGCAGCCAGACAUUAUCAUCAUAAUCUGUGGGAGAAAAACAUUGGUCCCAGUGGAGUAUCCUGAGUUAGGAAAAGUGAGAGCUCGUGCUCCACUAACAGUGAUGAAAAGACAAAGAUCCUGGGGGGACAGGGAGCAUCUGGAAAGCAACACAGAAGACACCACAGACAACAGUGAGCAGGAUGACUCUCCGUCUCUGAAGUCCUCCUGGUCCUUGGCGGACACCAUGAACUACGUGGGCCAGCUGGCAGGUCAGGUGCUGGUAACGGUCAAAGAACUGUAUAAGGGUAUUAAUCAAGCCACGUUGUCCGGUUGCAUCGAUGUUGUGGUUGUCCGCCAGAGAGAUGGCACCUACCAGUGCUCACCAUUCCACGUGCGCUUUGGCAAGCUGGGUGUGCUGCGCUCCAAGGAGAAAGUGAUCGACAUCGAAGUGAAUGGAGAGCCUGUAGAGCUGCACAUGAAACUUGGAGACAAUGGCGAGGCCUUUUUUGUCCAGGAGGCUGAGCAGCAGAAUCAGAUUGUCCCUGCCCACUUGGCCACCUCACCAAUCCCCACUGAAAGUCACCUGUUCUGGAUCUCAGAGGUGGAGCACAGGGCACCAAAAGAUUUGGAAGAUGACCCUGCUGACCGAGAGGAUCCACCUGAGCCUCCUGCUCCCAGUACCGUGGCUACAAAAAAGAAGAAGAGACGGAAGAAGAAGCACAAAGGAGACCCCCGAAGAGAGGAGCUGACCCCACCCAUGUCAGUCACUACUGGUAAUGCUAUUGCUGCUAACGCACCUGCUGCUACGACUGCUGCUAUGUCCAGCACUGGGCAAAAUGAGGAGAUCUUUGAGAUGGACCUGAGCUCUGAUGAGGAUAUUGCAGCACAUGUCUCAAGGUCACCUUCAGUGACCACAAUGCGAGACAUUGACCCCAAAUUACCUGCAGCCAGGCCCAACCUUGAUGGUUAUCCGCUGUCAGAUGGAGAUUGGCGGGCAGAUGACAGUCAUGGCUUGUCUCAGGCUUUUUCCCCAAAGAGUGACUCUGAACUGGUGGUGAGGCCCUCAGAGAGUUUGCUCAGAGCUGAGUCCCACAUGCAGUGGACCUGGGGAGAAUUUCCAGAAACAACCAGGAUCACCAAAAAAGAGAAACCAGAACUACUAAAAACAGUGACCAUCACCCCUUCAGAGAGCACUCACUUCCGCGUAAUCCUCAGCUCUGAGGCCAUGGAGACUGAGAGUGAGAUCGAAAAGGAAGACGGCGCCUCCUCAGUGUGUACCAUUGUCAAGCCACAGCCACGCACCCCUAUCACCACUGUAACACCUGUAAAUCCUCUCACAUCUGUCAGCACUGCUACUGCUCUGAGUCCUGUAAGCCCCGUAGAGCCUCUGGAUGUCCUGCCCUCCAAUAUGGUGACCUCCACCCCCUCCAACAGCCAACAGAGCGAUUCACCCUCUAAAAAGAAAGGUGUCCCAAAGAGGAGCCAGCAUCAGGGUCCUGAGGAUAUCUACCUUGAUGACCUGAAUGUACUUGAACCUGAUGUUGCUGCACGAUAUUUUCCUAAGAGUGAGUCUGAAGCAGCCACUAAGCACUGGAUGGAAUCGGAGAUGCGCUCCGGUUCACAGUCUCCACAGUCGGUGGGAAGUGCAGCAGCUGACAGCGGGACAGAGUGUCUUUCUGAUUCAGCUAGCGACCUCCCUGAUGUCACUCUUUCUCUGUGUGGAGGCCUCACAGAGAACGCUGAAAUAUCCAAAGAAAAGUUCAUGGAGCAUAUCAUCACCUAUCAUGAAUUUGCUGAAAAUCCAGCAAUUAUAGAUAACCCCAACCUGGUAGUAAAGAUAGGAAAUAGAUAUUAUAACUGGGCACUAGCUGCACCCUUGAUUCUCAGUCUACAAGCGUUUCAGAAGAAUUUACCAAAGGCUACAGAGGAGGCCUGGGUGAAGGAGAAAAUGCCAAAGAAGUCAGGCCGCUGGUGGUUCUGGCGGAAAAGGGCGGAUAGUACAAUCAAGCAGUCAGAGACUAAGCUUGAAACAAAGGAGGAGUCUAAUUUGGAGGAGGAAGGACCCUCCAUAUCUCAGGAGAAGCUGGUCUUACCGCCUAAAGCAGGAGACUCAUCUAGCGAUGAAGAGGGCAAGGAGGUUAGUGCUGCAUCCUGUCAAGAGAGACUGCAGCCAAUUGAUGGUCAGCAUCACCCCAGCCCACACACUUACAGGAAGUCACUACGCCUCUCUUCUGAUCAGAUAGCCAGUCUGAAACUGAAGGAGGGGCCUAAUGAUGUGACAUUUAGCAUCACCACACAAUACCAGGGCACAUGCCGCUGUGAAGGCACCAUCUACCUGUGGAACUGGGAUGACAGAGUCAUUAUCUCUGACAUUGACGGCACCAUCACCAAGUCAGAUGUGUUUGGACAGAUCUUGCCACAGCUGGGGAAGGACUGGACCCACCAGGGCAUUGCCAAACUCUACCACUCAGUAGCUGAGAAUGGCUACAAGUUCUUGUACUGCUCAGCGCGGGCUAUUGGCAUGGCGGACAUGACAAGGGGUUACCUGCAGUGGGUCAACGAUGGAGGCACCAUCCUGCCCCGGGGACCUCUCAUGCUGUCUCCCAGCAGCCUCUUCUCUGCCUUCCACAGGGAAGUCAUCGAGAAGAAACCGGAGAUCUUCAAGAUUGAAUGCCUUACUGACAUCAAGAAUCUGUUCCAGCAUAACAAGCAGCCAUUCUACGCCGCUUUUGGGAAUAGAACUAAUGAUGUGUUUGCCUAUAAGGAGGUGGGAGUUCCAGUGUGCAGGAUCUUCACAGUCAACCCCAAGGGAGAGCUGAUCCAGGAGCAGACAAAGGGCAACAAGUCCUCUUACGGCAGGCUUAGUGAGCUGGUGGAGCAUGUGUUCCCUCUUUUGAGCAAAGAGCAGAAUGAGGCCUUUGUCAUGCCAGAGUACAGCUCUUUCUGUUAUUGGAGACAGCCCAUACCAGACAUCAACCCUGAUGAACUGCUGUAAUCCAGCACACAUGGACACUCAGGUAUACAUAUGCAUGUAUACACACAUGGAGCGGGCACUUGAAUGCAUCUGCAAAGAAACACAUGGACUGGAACCCCAUCUUCCCUCUGUAAUACUCCCAACCGAUGCAAACACAGAAACUCACACGGCUCUACAAAAGUAACAGGAAUGUGAGCAUAAACACAGAAAAAGCUAGUAAACUGUAAUUUUAGAUGAGUGGAUGUUUUCUCCAGAACAGUAAAUCCUGGUGAAUAAUCCCUGGGAGACAAAAGACUAAUCACCACCUAAACUAUUGGCCCAGCAGACACUCUUUAGUCCCCACCACUGUACAGGGAUAAAGAUCUUUUUCUCUCUCUAACUUCUAGCAAAGAGGAUGGUCUGCAUUUACCAUCAGGAGAGCGACUGAAGCCCCACGCGAGGCAUUAGCCUUUAGCACUAUACUCUGAGCUCUUAGCCAGAAUGCACUAAAACUGGGCAGAAGGAAAAGACAUCGUUUUCAGGAGUAAGGACGUUUUCUGAACAUCCUUAACAAAUGAAGUGUUCAAAGCUGAAAAGACACACUGUUCAUUAAAACAAGACAGGCACUAGUCAUGUGCCGAAUAUAUUUUGCUGUGGAUGCUAAGUUUGCCUAAAUUUGGUAGCCAGUCUUUAAUCGGAGGCUUUAUUCUGUUCUAACAAAAUAAAUAAAAAUCGUGAUAGUGGCUGCCAAAUAGUGACUAUAAACUUUCUAGGAUCCUGCUGUAGGAAAGGGUGUUUUCAGUUUUUUAUGUGUACUCACUGUGGUGACGAGUUCACUGCUGGUGGAGGCGCGAACAUAUUUCCGAUGGUCACUUUCUCCCUGUAGUUAAUAUCAUACUGAAUGAGUCAUGUUUGGUAUUUAAUAUUCAAGGUCAUGCCUGGGAUUUACUUUCGCCAACAAGUAUGUGAUGAUGCACAGUUAGGUUUGACUUUAAAAAAAACAAAAAAAAAACAAAACAAGAAAAUGAAGCAGCUUCAUGCUAUAUUGUCUCGCUGUUAUUUUAAUAUGUUUAUUCUGUUAUUCAAGCUUUGGCGAAUCAAGUGUGUUUUGUUAACAAUGCAGUCAUUAUUUAUGAUAAUUGAUAUGUUAAAUUAUUGAUUUCUAUCGUGAUGCCUUUGCUUGUCUGAAAAUGUAAUUUAUCACCAAUGAAAUGUGGAAAUACUUCAAAUCGGUAUUUUGUAUGCUUGGUCACAGGUUAACAUGCACUUAACAGUAACUGCUAAGCCUUGUACGAUUUUUUUUUUUUUUUUUUUCACACCGAUCUAUAUUCCUUGCUUUACACAUUCCUGAACCUCAGACUCCACAGCUUUAGUAUUAAAAUAUGUGUAAAUGUCAAAGAUAAUGCUUGAGUUGGAACAGUGGAGAUAAGCAGAUCUGAGAAGAGCUUAAAAUGAAGAAUUUUGGUUUGCGAAGUCCUCUGUACGGCUACGUAUGUGUGUGUAUGUGUGUGUGCACAAGCGCGUGUGCGUGUGUGUGUGUGUGUGUGUGCAUACAUAAUCACUGAGUGCUGCUGCUGUUGUGGUGAAAGGAUCUUGCACCCUUUGCUCAUGUUCCCUCAGUGGCUUUACCAAGACUUAUCCAACGCACUUUGUCUAAGCUGCACUCGGAAGACGCAGGCUUUACACCUCAGCACACCUCUCGCCCACAUGCACUUCAUUUCAAGGUCUUUGUCGACGGAAGACCGGAGUAUGCAAUUGAAUGCAGGAUGAAAAGUUCUAGUUUUACCUCUUUGUUGUGUGAGUGACACCGCAGACGAAUCAAUGUAGGUGUUUGUUGGUUGCAAGGCAAAAUGUGGGGAUUAAAAACAAAAUCAUGUUUAUUUAGGGAUAUGAAGUUAGCAUCAGAGCUAGCCCUUAGCCUCUGUGUGUUUGUGCACGCAUGUGGUGUGUGUGUGCGUGUGUGUGUGUGUGUGUGUGUAUAUGAGGGACAGAAAAAAGACUGAAACCAUGCCUCAUGACCUGAGGAAGAGCCAUUGGGUCUUGUUUUGAGAUAAACAGGAAAUACUUGACUGUUUGCAGGAAGCUUUUUGAAGUGCUUCACCGGCAUUACAGCAUGUGUGUUGUGAGCAGAUGUGCCACUCCACUGACACGGAUCAGACCUCCAGCACAAGUGUAACAGUAACAUGGUAGUAUGUGCUAGGGAGGACUUAAAAAACCAGGUGAGACUUGACGGACAAAAAGCACAAUUUACGAUGACAGCUGUAUCCAGAUUGUCACUUAUAGUCGUCAUUAUUUCGCCGAAGUGUUUCCGCGUUCACUCUGUAGCUCAGAUUUUUUUGUAAUGACUAAAAUGCGUGUUUUGCUUUGAUUCGUUUGCUUGUUCUCUAAGACGUUUGGUGAAGUCAAAUAGAUAUAUCUUCUAAUUAACUAAAUGAAUUCCAUUCUUUCUAUGAAAGUAAAGCAUCUUGUGUGGAAAGAUCACACUUCAUCCUCUAUGAUCGUGGGAUAUGUGGUAUAUAAUAUUGUUUGUUCUCAUUCAACUGCUGUGGAAAAUGAUCCAGUUUAUGUGCUGAUCAUCACAUUCUUCUGUCUUUGAUGCCUUUUUGUUUUAUUAUUUCUCUUAUAAAGUGUAUGACCUUUUGUGGGAUUGUGUUUGUUUUGUUCUGUUUGGAGGUUAAUGCUUGCUAUGUGAUUGUGUCUGACCAACAGAAAUACUUUAAGUGUAUGCUGUGUUGAUUUGUAUAGAAAUGUGGUUUAAAGUAUGUUUAAAGAACAAAAUCCAAUGUAAGAAGAAAAAAAAAAUACAGGCCUAAUGAAGCUAACAAAGUGUGGCUUGUGGUCAUAUUUGUAUGAAAUAAAGUUUCUAACUGAA